AAACUGGAACGAAAGAAAACAAAGAAAUAUAAACAAAUGACGCUUUCACAGUCAAUCACAGAACCGCGUAAAUUGUAUAAACUACACUGAUUUAUUUCGUUCUUUGCCGGUAAAUUUGUAAAAUAUGUUUUCCUAUGAAUUACCCGAUGGAGGUUUACGUGCUCGUUGUUAUAUAAAUUCCGAGGGCGACAUCAAGUUUGAUCCUCCUGUGUACGAGCAACGGUAUACUACAGCAGUGCGCAUACUGGAAGACUCACGGUGGGGACACAAAUUUAAAAAAGUUGUGGACUUCGGUUGUGCCGAUAUGCGAUUGUUAUCGCUCCUGCGACGCGUUGAAGGCAUUGAGCAGAUAUUAGAGGUUGAUAUUGACGAAGAUAUUUUGAGAAGUAAUAAGUUAAGAGCAGAACCACUUGUAUCCGAUUAUUUGAAAAAGCGUGAAGGUCCUUUACGCGUGGAACUAUUGAAAGGCAGUAUUGAUGCGUCGGUGGAACAAUUGCUUAAUGUGGACGCAGUUAUCGCUUUGGAAAUAAUUGAACAUUUAUAUCCCAAAACAUUGGAGAACGUACCAAAAAAUAUAUUUGGGUUCAUGCAACCUAAAAUUGCCAUAUUCUCUACACCAAACUCUGAAUUCAAUGUCCUUUUUGAACCAUUGUUGGAAAAUGGUUUUCGACACGAUGACCACAAAUUCGAAUGGACACGCACCGAAUUCAAGGAUUGGGCACUAAAUAUUUGCCAAAAGUAUCAUAAUUAUAGUGUUGCUUUCAUUGGUGUCGGCGACGCGCCACCUGACAAAAAAGAUAUCGGAUACGUCACGCAAAUUGCGAUUUUUGCGCGCAAUGACUUGCUCGAUCGUUCCCUAACUGAACCCUUUAGUAGCGAAGUUCCAGUGGAUUGUGAUCCGGAUGCUGAUGUACAAUACAAAGAAAUAUUUGCAGUUGAUUUUCCAUAUAAUCGCGAUGAACGUAGUAAGGAACAAAAAAUUUUGGACGAGGCGCGCUAUCAAAUCGAUCGUUGCCGUCGUAUAGAUAGAUACUUUAAUCGAGAUCUAGGCGUAUAUCAAGUGCCCCUUACAGUUUUAAAAGACUUUAUUGAAACUCUUGGCGCCUCAAUGCAAGAAUUACUGGCUAUUCUAAAAGAAAACGAUAUUGAAGUGAAAGGAGAUUACAUCAUAUUGCCUGAGUAUGAUGAAGAUGAUUUAAGUUAUCGUCAUUAUGAUGAUUGUUAUGAUGACGAGUACGGUUUGUGGAACGAUGUUGGUUGUAAUGAUGAUGAGACAGAAAAUGAUGAUGAAUUGGGAGCAUGCGGUGGAUAUUCACAUACUAAAGAUGACGCCACUUAUGAUUCUGAGGAAAACUGGGAUUAAAUGAAAGGGAGGGAUGAUGAGCAGAUUUGUUUAGUUAGGGUAGAGUGGAAAAAUAAUAGUUAUAAGUAUGAUAAAAUCAUUACAAGGUAAUAUCAUUCUCUCAAUUCGUCGGUCAUGAUGUUUUUCUGACGUUUGCAAGCAUUUUAA